AUGUCGACUCUCUCUGCCUGGUUCGGACCUCUGUACGACGCCAUCUUCUGUCCAUCUCUCCCUUUCACUCUCCGCUGGCGAUUGCUCGGCCUCCAGCCCAUCGUCUUUCUCACAAACACCAUCCAAUACCUUUCCACGCUCUUCUACCAAGGCCACCGCACAGCCAUCAGCAUACCCCUCAAACGUGCACCCGGCCACUCCCUGCGCGCAAUCGUCUAUCACCCCGGUAAACCAAGCCCGACGCGACUCCGCCCGCUUCACCUCAACAUCCACGGCGGCGGGUUCCUCGGCGGGCUGCCAGAAGGCCAGACCUCGUUCUGUCAGCGCGUCGCUGACGACACCGGCGCGGUGGUCGUGUCGACAUCCUACCGAUACGCUCCGCGGUAUACCUUCCCGACCGCCCACGAGGAUGUCCAAGACGUGGCCGAGUGGUUGGUCGAGAAUGCCGAAAGAUUGUGGAACGCGAACCCGAGGACUUUGAGCGUGAGCGGGUUCUCGGCGGGUGGGAACCUGGCCCUAGGGGUUGCGCAGUGGUUGGCGCAGACGGAAUUCUGCGUCAAGGCGUCGGUGACUUUCUACGCUCCGGUUGAUCUGCGGCUACCACCGUGGGAGAAGCCGAAGCCUGCGGGGAUACCUGAGAAAGAUCCGUUGGCUUGGCUCCUGCCCUUGAUGGAUGCGUAUGCAGGCCCCGAAAGGCUGGAGAAUAUGGGUAAUCCUCUGCUGAACCCCAUCCUGGCGGACAUCGAGUCGUUGCCGCGGCAUAUGAUGUUUGUCGUUCCCAAGGUGGACAUUCUAUUGCAGGAGCAGAGUGUUUUCAUAGAGCGGUUGAAAGAGGAGGCUGCAGCUGUCAACCGCGGUAUGAGUGAGCAGAACUCCAAGAUGCAGUCGAGAGUCUACCGUAUCGAGAGUAGAUUCGAUGAGGGCCAGAUACAUGGGUGGUUGGAGAUUCCGUCCAUUUUCAUUGACGCGAAGCUCAGGGAUGCAAUAUUUGACAGCGCAGUGCAAUUUUUGGAAAAUGCGUAUGCUAGUCAUGAGUGA